UCGACUCGUCCCUCACUCGGGCGCUAUAAAAGUCAGCUCUCGCUCAAGUUGUUCAGUCUCUUCAAGAACUCCACCAGACCACCAUGAAGUUCGUGGCUCUUGUUUGCCUUCUGCUGGCUGUAGGCUCUCAGGCCUCUCCCAUGCUUAGUGAUGCACCCUCCCAGCUGGAGCACUUCAGGUCAGGUCUUAAUCUCUUCCUGGACCAGUUGAAGGGAUCCCUCACAAAUGCUGUGAACUCCCUCGACGACGCGGAGUACAAGGACAUCAAGGAACGAGCGAUCAUGCACAUAGACGGCGCGUACACUUACAUCAAGCAGCUGCAGGCCCAGGUGGCGCCCGUCACCGACAGCGUUGUCGGAACCAUCUCUGAAGCUACCGAAGAAUUCCAGAAGUCUGUGGCGAAAGACCUGGUGGAGCUGGAGCCCAUGCGCGCCGAGCUGAGGAAGGUCCUCAAAGAGCACAUGGACCAGUACCAAACGCUCCUGAAGCCCGUCGUCGACAGCUACAUCGAAAGGCGCAAGGAAGACAUGAAGGCCAUGAGGGCACAGUUCCAGCCCACUUUCGAAGAGCUGCGCAAAAAGGUGGCCCACAACGUGGAGGAGACCAAACAGGCCCUCGUACCCCUCCUGAAGGCCGUGGGUGAGAAGGUGGCCAAUCACAUCAAGGCCGUGAGGGAAACUCUGGGCCCCCACGUGGAGGAAUACAAGGAACAAGUGAGGCAGGCCUACGAGCAAGCUCAGAAGUUCGACGACAAGGCCAUGAGCGAGCUGAGGGAGAAGAUUAACCCAGCGAUAGAGGCGAUCAAAACAAACAUGAAGACGAUCUACGACGUCGUCAUCGAAACCAUCACCAAAGACAGACAAAACUAAACCCCCGCUACUUCCCAGUAACCAACCUUAUCUACCUGUCUGUCCUCAUUCCACCUUCGUCUCCAUUCUUCUUUCCUUACAUGCACACCUCUCAAAAUGAAGCCAGUGCUCCAGCCGAUGCGCGUCUUUGCUAGCGGAGCGGCGGGACCCCUGACUCUUGCCGCUGCCGCCCACGCCGAAGACAUACACAAGACAUACACAGACACACGCAUGCUCAGCGCACACACGAGCGUCUCCUUGGCCAACUGCUUACAUUUUGUGUAGGAAUUGUAUGUGAAGUAUCACAAGCGCCUGAACCCCUGUGUCAUGAUGCUUGUCUGAUAAAAACUGUGCUUUGUCAAAAUACAGCUCAAUAAACAUUUGACUGUUUAUACUA